AUGGCUACAGAAAGCACCACGAAGGUACCCGGCUGGUUGAGGACUCAUCCCCAGCUUCAAAAGCGAGGCAUCGUCACUCUUGGGGACUGUCUUCAGCCCGGUGCUGUUUGGCGCACUAACGUCAUGGAACCGCCUAUCUGGGUUGUCAAGAUUGUCGAACCAGGAAAUCAGGAGGCCGUAAUCUACCAGCGACUGCAGCGCAGCCCUUGUCGCCGGAACCACACCGUACCAUGCGAUAUCAUCGACUCCGAGGGACAGAAAACAAUCCUCCUCAUGCCACAAGUGCGAAGCCUCGCCGCAGCAAGACUCUCCCGAUGGCCUCUGUCUAAGGUUAUGGACGUCUUCCUCCAGGUUGUCGAGGGUGUCGAGUACUUGCACGAGCAAAGGAUCGCACAUAUGGAUAUCUGCGACGGCAAUACGCGUAUGGCGACUGAUUGGGAAGUCAAAAUGGAUAGGCGGUUAGCUGCAGAGCGAGCCUACAUAAUCGAUUUCGGGACAUCUCGACAACUCAGUCUGGGCCCGGGCGUUCAAACUGCCAUGCCCCUGUUGUACGCUCAAGUCCCGCGACCUCGGGACAUGGAUUACUUCGAUCCGUACUCUUGGGACGUUUAUUGCCUCGGUAAACUGCUAGAAAACAUGGCGCAGUUCGUCUACAGGGAUUCCAUGUCACCUCCGUGGAUUAUCCGUGGUGUCACCAAGUGGUUGGUGGGAGAGGAGCGGGGCUGCAGACAGGUCUGCCAUUGUCGGCCGACGGCCCGCAGGGCGCGUCAAGUACUUACCGUUCUGUGUUGGGCAGUUCGUGCGUCCGACUGGUUUACAGGUGUGGUCACACGUGCUGGCAACAUCUUUCUUCGUUCGUCAACCUAAGAAACAAUCCGCCGCUCUAUCACAUACCCAGAGUCCCAUAUUUACUAGGAAAGUUAGAUCACGCCCAUGGAUUUCGGUAAUAGCCGUUGGAAUCGAUGCAUUAUGGAUGCGGGAUGGAAAUACAGCGCUUAGAGUAUGGUGGGCUCAGCGUUUAUGUUGGCACCUGGCCUCACCGUCACGCUCAUAGUACUUGAUCCAGCUGUCUCGCGCAGAUAUUCCAGGCCCUUCAGAAACGCCUUUCGGUUGCACUCGGGGUCUCCAAGCUCCGACUCGAGCCAGAGCGUGACUUCCACGCCCGGGCUCGGCGCGAGGUCCUCCAGUAUAAGCAAGUAGCCCAUGCGUGCCGGAUCUGAUUUCGUUGCUUUCGUCCCGCCCGUCCUCCGGACGUCCAGAGUGACUCCGGCAGCAGCAUACGGGACCGCCUCUAUCCAUGCCGCGUAGGACUGCCGGAAGAACGACUGCUUGAAGGACGGGACCGCAAGUUCGAUGCACUUCAAGGCACCGGCGGUCUCGGUGCGCGCAGGCAUAACGUGAUCGCUCUACUGAGUCUUGGGUAGGCACUCCGCUCCGUUGUGUUGAGCAGGCGACGCGAGGCGAGAUUGCGAACGGAGGACGUCUCGGGAGGACGCGUUU